UACCCUCUGGUUUGCAUCUUUGUGGAGAAGGAUUCAUACUGCAGCAGGAUAAUGACCCCAAACACACCUCAAAGCUUUGCAAGAACUACUUGAAGACCAAAGAAGACCAAGGAGUCCUGACUGUCAUGGACUUGGAGGGAGAUGUUGCUGCUGAAUUAUCUGAAUGACACUUUUUCAACACUGUGAGCACCAAAAAAUAAAGAAACAAAAAAUUCCAUUCACCUCUAAUGUAUAGAAGACAGAAAUCUCAGAAAAACAGAAAGACAAAUACAACUGAAACUCUGCACACUAGAUAUGACUGGAGUGAACAUCGACACACAGAGACCUCAGAGCAGCAUCACGAUGGAAAGGAUCUUGUUGGGUGUCCUGUAUCUCUCAGGCUGGUCCAUCUUCUCCACAUGUCGUCUCCAUCAGUACCACUUUGUUGCUGAACCCAUGAAUUGGACUGAAGCUCAGACCUACUGCAGAGAGACAUACACAGACCUGGUCACCAUUGAAAACACUGAAGACAUGAACCAACUCAUCAACACAGUUUCAUCUGCUGGUUACAACAGUCAGGUCUGGAUUGGCCUGUACAGAGUCAUUGAUUGGAAGUGGUCAGAUGGGUACAGAGGGAGAACACAGCUGGAUCCUCAAUUUGUUUUUGUGAAUCAACCAAUGAACUGGUCCAAUGCUCAGAGGUACUGCAGGGAGAACUUCAUAGACCUGGCCACUGUGAGGAACGACACUGAGAGCCAGGAGUUUCAGAAUCACUCAGAUUGGUGA